AUGAGUGACCCAGUCAAUUCUGCAGACCUGGUGACGGUGGCUCAGGCUCACGUCCCUAAGCAGUCUUUGGAUAGCCCAGUGAAGGAAACGCAGACUUCUGUGGUUUUCAUAUCCCCAAACCUUGACAGUGAGGGCCGCGAGAUUCCUACUAAUGAGGAAGGGCGUACCCUUCGUCGUGUCGCGGGCAAAGUCCAUUGGACUGCCUACACCAUUGCCUUUGUCGAGCUCUGCGAGCGUUUCUCCUACUAUGGAACCACUGCUGUCUUUGUCAACUUCAUACAGCAGCCUCUUCCGGAUGGUUCGGCCACUGGCGCUGGCCAUAGUGGACAGUCUGGUGCCUUGGGUAUGGGCCAGAGAGCCUCUACUGGUCUGACAACCUUCAAUACCUUCUGGUGUUACCUAAUGCCUAUUCUCGGUGCGUAUAUUGCAGAUGAAUUCUGGGGUCGACUGAAGACGAUUCAAGUGUCCAUUGCCUUUGCAAUGGUUGGACAUAUUAUCCUGAUUGUCUCUGCCUUACCUCCUGUGAUCGCCCACCCUCAUGGUGCUUUGGGUUGUUUCGCUGUCGGUCUGGUGAUCUUCGGAAUAGGUGUCGGAGGUUUCAAGUCAAACAUCGCGCCCUUGAUCGCCGAGCAGCACAAAGAAACGAGAUCCUUCAUCAAGGUGAUCCCCAAGACUGGCGAGCGUGUAAUUGUGGACCCUGCUCAGACAAUCACUCGCAUCUUCUUGUACUUCUACUUCAUGAUCAACAUCGGCGCCUUGGUUGGCUCGAUUGCUAUGGUCUACGCUGAGAAGUACGUCGGGUUUUGGCUCGCGUUCCUUCUCCCGACGGUCAUGUUUGCUGUCUGCCCUGCAGUGAUUCUCAUCUGCCGCAACAAGUACGAAGUCACACCCCCGACUGGCUCGGUUUCCGCCAAAGCCUUCAAGCUCUGGGCAUUUGCUCUGCGAGGCCGCUGGUCCUGGAACCCAGUGAAAUUUGUUCAGAACUGCAGGUCGCCUGACUUCUGGGAGAAUGUGAAACCCAGCAAGGUCCGAAAUAAGCCAGAGUGGAUGACAUUCGAUGACCAGUGGGUCGACGAGGUACGCAGAGCUGUCAAAGCUUGCGCUGUGUUUCUCUGGUAUCCCGUUUACUGGCUGGCCUACGGACAAAUGACCAACAACCUGACCUCCCAGGCCGCCACGAUGGAACUGCACGGUGCUCCCAACGACCUCAUCAAUAACCUGGAUCCUCUCGCGCUGAUCAUCUUCAUCCCCAUCAUGGACCAGCUCAUCUACCCCGGCAUCCGCAAGCUAGGGUUCAACUUCACCCCGCUGAAGAAGAUCUAUGUGGGCUAUAUCAUCGCCUCGAUGUCCAUGAUCGCAGCCGCCGUUACGCAGUACUACAUCUAUAAGAUGAGUCCCUGCGGCGACCAUCCCAGCGACUGUGAUAGCCCGGCGCCGAUUAACGUCUGGGUUCAGACCCUGCCGUAUGUCCUGAUUGCGUUUUCGGAAAUCUUCACCUCGAUCACAGGCUACGAGUAUGCAUUCACCAAGGCGCCUAAGAACAUGAAGAGCUUGGUCCAAUCCCUCUACCUCUUCAUGAAUGCAAUUUCCUCCGCAAUCCAGCAAGGGCUCACAGCGCUCUCCACCGACCCGCUCCUCAUCUGGAACUAUGGAUUCGUGGCCGUCCUGGCUUUCGUGGCCGGUAACCUCUUCUACCUGACCCAUUACCAGACCGAUUUGGAGGAGGACCGGCUCAACAACCUCGAGGCCUCGGCUUAUCUGGGCACUAAUCCGGGGGCUCGCAAUGAGAAGAUCGAUCCGGAGCACCAGGUGACUGCGUGA